AUGGGCAGCAUCCAAGAACCAAACUUCUUCCAGAAGAACGGAGACCUCGACUACGAUGUCCUUAUCAUUGGCGCCGGACUUUCUGGCAUUUACUCACUGUAUCAAAUGCGACAAUUAGGCCUGCGGACGAAAGUCUUGGAGGCCGGCGGUGGUGUAGGCGGAACCUGGUACUGGAAUCGAUACCCAGGCGCACGCUUCGACUCUGAAAGCUAUUCAUACAAUUUCUCAUUUUCCCAAGAAGUCCUCGAUGAGUGGAACUGGUCAGAGCACUUCGCCUCGCAGCCUGAGACACUACGGUACUGCGAGUUCGUAUGCGACAAAUUCGAUCUCCGCCGAGACAUGCAAUUCGACACGCGCGUCACUGCAGCCCAUUUCCAAGACAACACCAAGUCAUGGCUUGUAACAGACGAAAAGGGACAACAGUACACCUCACGAUUCGUGGUCACUUGUAUUGGCAUCUUGAACAACUACACUCUACCCAAUAUCCCGGGAGUCCUGGACUACAAAGGCGAAGCCUUCCACACUGCCCGCUGGCCAGCAGAGCAAGUCGACUUCACGAACAAGCGCGUCGCAGUCAUCGGCACCGGCGCAACCGGCAUCCAAGUAAUCCAAGAGAUCUCCAAGACAGUAGGCCAUCUAACCGUCUUCCAACGGACCCCGAACUGGAGCCUCCCUCUCCGGAAUGCACCGCUCACCCCAGAAGAGAUGGACGAAAUUCGAACCCGGUACCCAGAGAUAUUCCGAAAAUGCGCGGAGUCCUGGCACUGCUUUAUGCACGUAUCGGACAAGCGAAGCACGUUCGACCUGAGCCCGGAAGACCGCGAAGCAUUCUGGGAGGAACUAUAUGCGCAACGCGGGUUUGCGAAGUGGAUGAGCAACUUCGGCGACAUCAACACGAGUAAGGAGGCGAAUGCGCUGUUUAGCGAGUUUAUCGCGAACAAGAUCCGCGAGCUGUCAUGGGUUCGGACGAAACGGGUGCCCAUGGAAACGCGCUAUUUCGAGGCGUAUAACCAGUCCAAUGUGCGCUUGGUGGAUGUCAAAUCUAAUCCUAUUGAAUGUGUUACCGAGUCUGGUAUUAGGACGAGGGAUGAAUCGUUUGAGUUCGAUAUGAUUGUAUAUGCUACCGGGUUCGAUGCUGUGACUGGGUCUUUCACGGCUAUUGAUUUCCGCGGUGUUGAUGGGGUGAAGUUGAAGGAUAGGUGGAGUGAGGGCCCACGCACGUUUUUGGGUCUGUUUGUUGAAGGCUUUCCUAAUAUGAUGAUGGUUAUGGGACCGCAUCAAAUGUUUGGGAAUAUCCCUCGCAGCGUGGAGUAUGCUGCGAGCUGGGUGGCGAGGUUUAUCGAGUUCUGUCGAGACCGGGGUAUUACAUUUGCUGGGGCUACGCGGCAGAGUGUCUUGGAUUGGACGGAGCAUGUUCAUACUUGCGCUGACGGAUUGCUUGCCAAUGAUGUCGAUUCUUGGAUGACUGGUGUCAAUAAGAAUUUGGCGCACAAGCAGAAAAGAAUCAUUGCGCGAUAUCAGGGUCCGGCGCCUGGAUAUCGAAAGCGUGCAGAGGAGGUCGUCACGAGAGAGUACCGGGAUUUGGUACUUGAAUGA